GCAACACUAUCGACAGUGAUGUUAAUUAAUCACUUUUACUGUUUACUUUUUUAAUUAAAACUGCGUUAAUUAAAUUAACCACUACGGCAGUUCUUAGCCCACUGCGACGCGCAAACGAAGCCCCGCCAGUCGUUGCGCCGACAAGAAGGAAAACCAGCCGAGGGAAAAUCACCAGCCACCAGGAAGUUGCCAGCAGAACCCUCGAAUAGAAAAACCCAUUUGGCGAAGACAACAACAGUAAUUUGGGUGUGUGUGUGGAGUGCAUAGUUAAAUUAGUGAAUAAUUUACAGUAAGGCCUUCGCCUUCGCCUGGGGGAGCAACAACAAAGCCUCACGUUCACUUACUCCCACACACACACACGCACACCAACACCACGCAUACACACACAGGCCAACCGAGAUAACCUGUGUGUGAGGCAAUCGCCGUCAUCGCCCGAAAUCAAAUCACCAGCCACCAGCAGCAGCUGCAGCAUAUUUAACAAUUAUACACAAAACGAGAUUCAAAUAUGGGACUGUUAUUAUCGCGGCUGUGGCGGAUGUUUGGCAACGAGGAGCACAAGCUGGUGAUGGUGGGCCUGGACAACGCGGGCAAGACGACCAUCCUGUACCAGUUCCUGAUGAACGAGGUCGUCCACACGAGUCCCACGAUCGGUUCCAAUGUGGAGGAGGUCGUUUGGCGGAAUAUCCACUUCCUGGUCUGGGACUUGGGCGGCCAGCAGAGCCUCCGUGCCGCCUGGAGCACGUACUACACGAACACAGAGCUGGUGAUCAUGGUCAUCGACUCCACGGAUCGUGAAAGGUUGGCUGUCACGCGGGAGGAGCUCUACCGGAUGCUGCAGCACGAGGAUCUGAGCAAGGCCAGUCUGCUGGUCUAUGCCAACAAGCAGGACCUCAAGGGCUCCAUGUCGGCGGCGGAGAUAUCGCGGCAACUGGACCUCACCUCCAUCAAGAAGCACCAGUGGCACAUCCAGGCCUGCUGUGCGCUCACCGGCGAAGGACUCUAUCAGGGAUUGGAGUGGAUCGUGCAGCGCAUCAAGAACAAAUGACCCGCCACACACGCUACAUACUAGCUAAUUAUUCAUUAACGACUAGCUGUCUAGAGAAAGUAAACCAAUUUUGAUAUAAACAAUUUGUAAGCGUUUCCAAAUUGUUUGAAAAGUUGUUGCCAAGCCAAUUUUAUUUAGUGUAAAAUACGUCUGAACAGGAGACCCUCAAUGAUUUAAAUCUACGUGUAUAUGGAUAAUGUCUAGGAGCUAAGCCAAUUAACGAUACUUCCAAUAAAAUUACAAAAUAAACGAGUUUA